AUGUCAUACAUACUGCCGCGACCACUCAGCUCCACGUCUGCUGCCACGGGAAUGACGGCUGCUUCUGCUGUUGCUGCGGCUACUGCUGCGCUCGAGGAGCAAAUGCUAGCGGGCAGAGCUGACGAGAUCCAUGCCGGCACCAUCAGCCACAGCAGUAGCGUUUCCACACCCCCAGCCCACGGUUCCAGGCGCCCCCAGGAAGGUGCAACACACAGGAGGAGCGUGGCUAGACCACCAAAAUCGACCCAUGCGUCAGUAAUUCGGGUAGUAUCCGAGGGCUCGCCGCUACCAAAACUGCCGCCCAUCCCUGCCCUGGAAAAGCCCAAUUCGUUGUUUGUCAGCACUGCUGGUGGCUUGCUUUCCACAAGCCUGCAUCGCUGCGCAGACUCAGUGGACAAAGAGCACGGCACAGACGUUGCGCUUGAGAAUGUGGCAUCCGAAAAGCUGAGAAUGGCACACAUGAUGGAUCUGGAUUUGGCUACCACACAGCGUCCCCCGGCAAAAUCAAGGCUGGGCCUGCCCGGUUUUAAGUUUGGAUGGCGGCAAAGCAAAGCAAAGCAACAGAUGCAAGGCGCAGAGUCAUCAAGUGUGCCCGUUUUGGCGACGACAAAGGGCAAAACAAGGUGGACAGCUCAGGAUGUCGAUGCGCUCGCCGAAGCCAGCUUGCAUUACUGGAAUAGUGGGUCACAUGUCAACUUUGAGUCGCUGGCCGGAAAUCUGGGACGCGCGCCGAACGAUGUCAGUGACAUGCUCGAGCACACGCUGCAAGGUUACGUUCGAUUUGGCAGCACACCGUGCUGGGCCGAUAAGGACCACUUUUUUAUAAUGGGAUGGGCAGCUGCCGAGUUCCCUAAAAACCAGCUACUCAAUCCAGUUGUAGGCGGCGACAGUUCAGACGACCACGUGCUGAAAGCAUGUCCAAGCUCAGCUCGUGCCUUUCUGCUCUCAGUGGUGGUCGACACGCAAAUUGCUUCGUCCUCUCUUCUGUCUUUUUCGAGCGGCCCUCAAGCCGCAAACAUCACUACCAUUCACGGCAAAGGCAGCUCAUUACAGGGCAAAUCGCUGGCAGCAUCAGCGGUACCACCCGAAGAGACCGAGUUGGAGGGCACGCCUUCCACCGCCCCUCUGUUUUCUUUUGGAGCGCGGCCUGUGGUUGCCAUAGAAAGCCCAGGCUCAAACACAUUGCUGGUGGUGCAUCAAGGUGGCAUGGUUGCCAGCGCUGCUGCCGAUGCCGAUGCCAAUGUGGUUGCAGUUGCAAUCGCUGCGGCUGGGCGUCCAAGAGCUAAUACUGUGGCUUAUAGCCAGCUCAACAGCAGAGACAUAUUUAAGUAUGGUACUGACCACAGGACGCCACAAGAUGGCGGAAACGUUGACGAGUCAAGCGCGCAAAUGCAGAUAGUCGCUGCGCUUGAUGACCCAGAGCUCUCGCCCGCCCAAUCCCAUCAUGCCUUAGGGAUCAUCACAAGCGGCAGCAAUCUUGAUGUGCAAUUUUCCGACUUGGCGGCAGAGACCAGACUGAAAGUGCGGCGGUUUGUCGACAAGUUCAUUGCAGACUUCCCGGCAGACUUUCGGCAACGCGUCGACGCACAGAAUGCGGGAAAAGAUGGACUUUGCGUCACAGUCGACCACUUUGAGAACUUCGAGUACAACAACGAUGCAUUCUACAAGGCGAUCGAGACAAUAUAUCGAUUCACCGGCGGCAGCACGGUAUGCACACGAAACAUGUUUUUCCACGUUCAGCUUACACACGCCAUCAGACUGGAUUGUAUACCAGAGUCCGAUGCGAGCUGGUUCCGCAUCAACGAGUUUGCCACCACCGUGUUCAACAAGCAGAUCGAAGACGCGCGUUUUAUUAUUUUCCAAGCGUACACUGAUAUGACCGACAGCAACAGUAACGGUACUGCCACUGCCACAGGCAAUAGUCCUGGGCCUGUUAGCACUGCCAGCGCGCCUAUUGGCAGCCGGAUAGCAGUAGUACGCGCAGACCGCUCGAGUAACUCUGUAGUCAAUAGGGGGAAUGUGUCUGCCUCACUUUUUGAACGCGCUUUCUAUAUGGACAAGCUGGCAAAUAAUUAUGUCAAGUUUUUGGUGGACAACAUGAGCGAUGGGCUUUCUCAGCGCGCGCGCGAUUACGGGCUCAGACCGAUGCCUGUUGCCCUGCAGGUGGAUGAGGCAUCUAUGCUAACGUUUGACGUCGAGAUCCGCAACAUGCUGAUUGAGUUUAUUUGGGAGGAUAUUCCGCAGUCAACGCUCGAGUCCAAAGAAAUUGCCCUGCUGCGCGCACUCGAGCUGCUCAACAGCAAACUUUCAAAGCGCUUUGGGCUUACUACUGGGCUUUUACAGUCUGCAUUGGAUGACCAGCGCAACGAGGAUGGCAAUUUUGCUGACAAUUGCAAUAUUGAAAGCAUUUCGGGCCUGGAUAAUAUUCCUGGCACGCUGAAAGCUCAGGUUCUGGGAAGGGCGUUUGCGCAGUGCUCAUUCAACGAGACUAAAUACUUAUUUUUUGAGGCAAUGCUUCACGACCAUCCGUUCCGGCCUGUAACGCGCGACGAGCUAAAAGAAUGGAGAACUCGCGACGGCAGUCCAUUUGGAAAAGACGUUGACUAUGAGCUCAACACGCGGCUGUAUAAGUAUCUGCAGCGCCUACAGUUUCGCCCUACAGCCAAUCAAUGGCUGCAGGCCAGCGCUGCUGCCACGCUAUCUAUGCUUUACCGUACUCUGGGUGCCGCACUACAUAAAGAUAUUCUCGCACAUAUCGACAUCUCUGCGUACGAAGGCGGUGGCAGCAGCGGCAGCGGCAGCAACAGCAUCAGUGUUACCAAGGACAGUGGCCAAAUUGAUCCUGCGCAGCAGCUGUCGGUUGCAUAUGGUGCAGCGCUGGUAUCUAAAACUAAUGGUGCCUUCUGUUAUCCAGAAAUUGUAGCGGCCCAGGGCCCAUCUCCUGACAUGCUCGCAGCAGAUGGGGCAGCUCACGGGGGCACACGCAGCGGCGAUGGCGCAAGUAUGAGCAUGGUUUUGCAAAAGUUCAAGGAAAUGGAGGAUUUGAUUAGGCAAUUGCAGCUGAAGCAGGCUCAGCAGCAGCCAGCCACGAGGCUGGUAACCGAACCAGCGAUGUACGACUCCCCGCAUAGACAUGGUGGACGCAUUAAUAACAGCCGGCGCAGCAGCAGCAUUCGCGGGUCAAGGGCACGCGCUGCAGCUGAAUACACCGGCAACGAAAGAUGGCUGGGUAGGCUCAAAGGCGGGUUUGCGCAUACCACUGACAAAGGUGCCCACGCAAACUCUGUUGGAAGAAAUCCUGCGCCAACACAAAGGCCGUGGGAUGCCACUGAGACUGUAUCUUUGGCUCGGACCAGUCAUGCGUUUUGGAAGAGCGGUCGGCAUGUUGACUUUGGCCUCAUGUCCAGCAACUUUAGCAGGCCUGUCAAGGACGUCAAGACUAUGCUUCGGCUGAUGCUCCAGGAAUACACUCUCUGCGCUCAAAAAUCACACUGGGCAGUCGACCAGGAGCUGCUGGUAAGGAAGUGGGCCGCUAUUGAGUUUCCCAAGUGCCAAGUGCUCAAUCCGAGCAGAGACCAUCGCUGGAGACCAACCAGUUUUGCAUCCGUCGAAAAGUGUCUUUCUUUGAUCAAGUGUCGGGAACCUAACAAUUCACCAAGAGCUUUAUCCAAAGUCACGCUUGCACAGAUCCAAGAUGUUGUUGAUGGCGAGCUCGUGCGUUCCCUUGCUUGCAACCAGCCUGUUAUUGGCCUCGAGGUUUACGCGCCGGCUGUGGCUGUGGCUCCCGAACAGCAUCCUGCCAGUACUUUAGAUGCGCAGUGUUUGCAAUACUCAACCCAUCAUCAGCCUACAGGCGCAGACCAGGCCAAUGCUUGGGCGUUUGCCCCCGACAGCAAUGUGCCAGUGCAUUCAGAUAAGCAAUUUGACGCAGCCUGCGGCCUACCAGUCACUAUUGAUGCCAGUGUUAAUUCAAGUACCUAUGCCAAUGCCAGCGCCAAUGUCGACUCUGAUAUAAAUUUAAAUGCCGGUUCCGAGCCAGCUGCCAACAGCAUUCCUUUGCGGCACAAUAGUAUUGGUAUGAUGAGAAGAACGCCCCGAAGCAAAAAACAGCGCAAGCGCCAAAAGCUACCAGCAAUUGUCGCCGAAUUUCAAGAACCAAUUGACAUGGAUGCAAGAGAGGCGGCCGAUAUUACGGCAGGCCUCACAAUGCCGCACACCAGUCACCAUGACAAUAAAUUGCAGCUUGGCAGCACAGUUGGUGAUGCUGAUACUACCUCAAAGCACCUGGCAGACGCUCACAAUAUUAGCAGGCCCGAUGAAGAUAUCGAGAUGCAGUUUUUUAAUGUCGCAAUUAUACAGCGCAAGUUUGUCAGAGGGUUUGUCGAGGAUUAUAUUGGGAGGUUUUUUGAAGCGUUCUACUUUCGGGUCGCCAUUCCAGACAUGUACAGCAGACAUCUUUACAGGCCGCUGAGCGAGUACAGCCAUGCCAGCAGCAGCAUAAUCGACCUCGAUCUCUUGGCUUCAAUUGAAAAGGAGAUGCUGAAACUCAAUUUAACUGAUGCUGCCAGCAGCUCUGGCCAAGCACUGGAUCUAAACUGCAGCAACCACCACUUCCACCUAAGUUUGAUCAGGGCAAUUGGCGAGCGCUUUUCCCAUGACAAAGUCGCUGACUGGCCUGGCAUCGACGCCUACGCGACUGCCAUUUUUAAUCGGGUCAUAGAGGACACACAUUUCCUUUUCUUUGAAGAGUACAAAGGGCAAGUAACUGGCUGCAGCUCUGCCUCAGAUACUGGGUAUAUUCGGUGCAUCAAAACCAAUGCUGUGGCCGCGCGCAUAGAUUCGUUCAAGCAAGAAUACUAUUUUUGUCUGGUGUCAAGCCUGCUCACAUCAAGGUACGUGCAAACAGCAGGGCGCCAGAACUUUCUUGCCCGUGCCCGACUUGCCGGAUAUCAUCCCGUGCCCACAGCCGUUGCUUUUGGUAGCGACCUGAGCGAGGAGAAAUUCGAGCGCGAGCUGGAUAUUUCGUGGUCAGAUGUUGCAAUUCGCAGCGAGCUGCACAGUUUGAUAACAAAUGCAAUUCCGUGUGCCACCAGCAGGUCCAUUAUGAUAGCCGUGCAGCAGUCCAUAGAGGUAUACAACAGGGCAAUAAUCGAAUGCGUAGAUGGGUUGUGCAAGGAACUGAGCGUUGCUCUUGGAGCCAUGGACGUAGCCGUUAUCAAAAGCGCUGACAAGGGGAUACUUGCGGCCAUCAAAAAGUCGCGGGGCGCAAUGUCUGUCGACAUGGCUUGUGUACUAGGGCGCUGGCUGGGUGAGCAGUGGUUUGAUCGUUUGCAAAGGGGACUCGUCCGGGCGCUGAUGGCUGACCACCAAUUCAUGCCAGUCCCUCUGGCUGAUGUCCGCCGGUGGAUCUGCGAAGACCGUUCGCCGAAUGGGAAAGGUGUGGAUUUCGUCCUCAACACCAGGCUCUACAAUUACCUCAAGCACAUGCGCGUGCUGAUGAACGAGGCCAAAUGGCUCUAUGCGAGUGCAGCGGCAACAUUGCGGGUCAUAGAGCUGGCAAAGUUACAUCUACAGAAUAAGCUACUUCUAGACCACAUUAGCGUUGACCGCUAUGCAAGUGCAUUCGGGACUUUUAUUCGCGCAUCUGGAUCGCAGCAGGCCUUGGCUUGCAUAUUGCCUAAUGCUACACUUGGCGUUGCUUCUCCCGAAAAUACAACGCUAGGCUCUGGGUUGCACGUCAGAGAUCAAUGCCCGACGCACCAAUCUCAGACAAUUGGUCUGGAGCAGGAUCCCGAAAUGUCGCGGAUGCCCUUUAAACAUACCGAUAUGCCUUCCAAUACCACAGAUGUCAGCGGGUGCUCACAGUGCAAUGUUUCUCACCAACACACUUCUGAGGUCCGGCUGGGGAGCCUAGAAAUGGAGGUGACCAGCAUUUACCGAGAAAUGCGCGACGAGCUCGGGGAACAUUUGAAAGCCCAGGUGCCGCCAUUUGAGAGUAAGCGGUAG